GCAGUUGUUUUAUAUGCUAUAAAAAUGCAGCUUCAUAUCUCAGAUUUGAGCUAACGCUAUAUAUAGCUACAUUCUGCCACAGUUUACCUUUAAUAUCGAUGCUAAACAAUCACCUGUAAUAAAACGUGAAAAUCAAACGCUGAUCUCACCAGAGGGAGCAGAGCCUCAGGCAACACUUUCAGACUUCUGCACUUGUGAUUUUCUGCUGAUGCACUCUUCUGCACGCCAGUGCGAAACCACGUGAGGGCAACAUUAUUAUAUUAUCAUUGCUGUUGUUGUUGUUGUUGGUACUUUGUUUACUCCGCCCACCUGUCUGUCCUAUAAUAAGCUUCAACCGGCAGCAGCAGUAACUCCGCCUCACAUGGAGCUCCGAGGUUUGGCACAGCUGCUUCUCUGAAAAAUGGAAGCCAACAUUGUGGUUCUGGGGACUGAGAGCGUCGGGAAAUCAGCUCUGACUGUGCGCCUCUUAACUCGGAGAUUCAUUGGGGAGUAUGGAGAUAUUGAAUCCAUCUACAGUCAUAGUUUUAUAGCAGAUGGGAGGGAGAUCACUCUGAAUAUUUGGGAUUCACCUUAUUCUGAGGACUCGUGUGUGGAGACGUCCCUCUUCCAGAAGAAGGUCCGGUGGGCAGACAGCUUCGUUCUGGUCUACAGCAUCUGUGACAGGGCCAGUUUCAACAGCGUCAGCAGGCUCAUCCAGGCCAUCAAGUCCACCAAAGACUACCUCGAGGCUGAUAAGCCGCCCAUAGUGAUCGUGGGCAACAAAAGGGACCUGCACCACCGGCGGACGGUGCUGAGCGAGGAGGGCCGGCUGCUGGCUCUCAACACAGACUGCCACUUCUACGAGGUGUCAGCAGCUGAGAACUACCACAGCGUGCUCAUGGUGUUUCACGGCCUGGUGGACAGGAUGAAGGACGCCAAGCUGACCACCAAGAGGCCUCUGAGGUUCAAGGGCAUCGUGAAAAGCAUGUCUGCAGUGUUCGCCAGGAGACGGACAGACUCGUUUUAGGGCAGACGAGGAGGGAGCUGUCGAUGAAGCUGCAAGAGAGAGGUCAUGCCUUGAUGGAUAUCAUUACGAUCUGUCAGUAAAAGAUUACCACGUGUCACGUCACUGUGCCAAAGGUAACACUGAAGGCCCCAGAGGCACAAAGAACUGGGAGCUAGUUUCACUAGGAAGUGCAUAAGGAAGAAGGAAGGCCAUUAAGCUUCAGAAAACACGGACACUGAGCAGAGAUUACAGAUGUUUUCUGCACUUCAAGAUACACAAAACUGAUAUAAAUGAAAUAAAGUGGUCCUUAUACAGACUCGUCAUGUAACAUGCUAUAGUGAGCAGCAAUGAAUGCAUUGUGCUUAAGCUGUAGACUAUAUUUUACCAAAUGUGGCUUCAGAUUAGAAGAUUCUAUGCACAGAUUAAAUAUGCCUUUUAUUUAUGACACACAGGCCAAAGAUAAAGUCUUAAGAAGGAAAAAAGCUCUGAAAACCUCAAAUGAAACUUCAUGUGUUACAGGAGAAAGGCACUGAAAAGUCUCAGAUUCAUUCUUAAAGGUGAAACAGACACAUUUGUAUUUAUUGAAGUUCAAACAAGGAGAAGAAGACACUACAUGUUUUCUAUAUCUAUGAACUCUCCCAUGAUUCACGCACUGAACUGUGCUGUUUGUAUGAAGUUUUAAGAGGUUUUCAAUAAAUCGUGUGCAGAAAUCCUGUUUUUACUUGUGCUUAUUCAAAACAUUUCUAAUGUUUCCUGUCCAGUAAUGUGACGUUCUAUUGAUCUCCAUACACAUAAUGUCAGCUUCAUCUCAGUCUUGCUCAGUGGUGACAGCUGAUCAAGACCUGACCCCAGAUCUAAAUAAAGGAUGGUCUCCUUUGUGACUGCAUCGUUGUACAACUGCACAAUCUGUCUGUGUUUUUACAGCAGCCUGGAAGGAUGCUUUGGGGUUGUUGUGAUUAACUGUGAUGGUUUUAUAUAGUUUUCUGUCUUUUCCACCAUCUUUCUCAUUUUUUUGUAUUCUUUUACAAUAUAGUCACCACAUUGCCUAAGUUGCUGUAACUACUCAGUAUCUGGAAAGAUCUGCAGAGAGUCGCAUCCUCAUUUGUGCAAGUAUGUGAAAUGUUUCUUUGCUAGACAAAGAAGAAAAGUAAUAGAGUAACAGCAAUUACACAUUUCACUGAGUGUCAAUAAAUACUCAUUACAUUUGG